AUACCUUGAGACUUGAUUUAGUAAUAUUGGCGGAUUACGACACAACAUAUGUAAGCAUUGUUUACGUUUAAAGAGCAAACGGGCCAAAAAACCCAAUGGAAUGGGGACUACGCAAUAUAUAACAUUACAUGCACGAUACGCAAGAGUCGGGUUUGAGGUUUUGUAACAAGUGAGCAGACGGUAGUUUCCUUGAUUUUGACCGACCAUUCACCAAGAUGCCACCCGUGGAUGGGAUUUGGGGUACUCCAACAUCAACCAUUGAUUGGUGUGAGGAGAACUAUCAUGUUACGCCGCUGAUCGCGGAAUUCUGGAACACCAUCAGCAAUGUGAUUUUUAUCGUCCCCUCUCUGUUGAUGCUGGGUAUAGGGACCAUUGAAGGGCAUGAAGAGAGAUUCCAGUGGUGCCAUUUCUCUGUGUUCACGGUUGGAUUUGGUUCGUGGUGCUUUCACAUGACAUUGCUGUAUAGUAUGCAGCUUCUAGAUGAAUUACCCAUGAUCUAUGGAGCAGCAUUUCAUCUCUAUUCAGACAUUGAGGUCACUAGUCCACUGAACCACAAAAACAGGCCUCUACAGAUUGGGCUGGCUAUAUACUGUGCCAUUGUCACUGCAUUUUACUUGUUAAGCAAACAUGUGAUAUUUUUUCAGGUUUCAUAUGGAUUGCUGGUUACCUUAAUGGUUUUCUCCAGUGUUAGGUUAAUGUUGUACUAUGAACAUAACACUCUUCUCUAUCUUACUGGGCUGGUUACAUACAUGAGUGGUUUUGUGUUGUGGAACUUGGACCAGCACUUUUGUGGCAAUCUUCAGUUAAUCAGAAAAGAGUACCUAGGAGUAUUCGCCCCUAUUUUCCAGCUCCACGCCUGGUGGCACAUCUUAGCAGGGACUGGGACAUAUCUCUCUGUGUUAUUCAGUGCUCAUACAAGAUACCUAUACCUUGGAAUGAAACCAGAAAUCAAGUUUUGGAUGAAAGUCUGGCCAUACCUGAGACUUCGCAAGCAAAAGAAAGAGUAGUGAUUCAUUCCAAAAUGUUAGAAAAGACUCUGAAAUCAGAGAACAAGACAGAUCUUGCAUUGUGUUUAUCAUCUGUUUGAUGGUAUCUAAGCUUUGAAGGGAAGAAUCAAUCUUAUAUUUUCC